UUGACUAACACGUACAGUGUGCUUGGAAAUUGCAAUUUUCUCGGAUUGAUUGUGUAUUGACGAAGCAAAACUGCUUUAAAAUAACAUGCAGUGGUUUACAGGAAGUAUUCCUGAAGCCAUUGGUGAGUCAAAGCGGAAGGGACUGGUAUUCAUCGUCUAUAUUGAAGGAGAUAAUGAGGACACACAGAAAAUGAAUGCAACAUGGGCAGAUCCAAAGGUACAUUUGUAUAACAUAUCUCAUGCGUGUGACUUACAAAAUGUUGGCGGGUGUAUCAUUAGUUUACAGUAUGUGCAAGAAUGUACACAUGACAUUUGUAAUCAUGUAAAUUCCUGUUCUCUUUUUUCUCCUAAUUAUUUUAGUGAUGACUGCAUACAGUUUUCCAAGCUUUACCCUAUUGUUUGUAUCCCAGCAACAUACUUUAUUGGUGAGAACGGUUUGCCGCUGGAAGUUGUAGGUGGGAGCCUUUCAGUUGAUGAGUUUCUUGUAAAGUCAAACAAGGCUUUAGAGGUAAAGAUUUACUUGAACAGAAAUGGGGAACUUAAGAAAAAAGAAUUUGAUAGACGUGAUUUAGGACAAGAACUCAGUAAAGCCAAGCGUGAUCGUGAAGAGAGGCAGGCACAUGAUAUUGUUAAUCAGAUCAAGGAAAACAGAGCCAAGGAACGAGCCCACAGAGAAGCCAUUCGGCCACAGAUUGCAAGGGACAGAGCUGAGCGAGAGGCCAGGAGGCAAAACGAGAUGCAAGAGAGGCAGUGUGCUCAGGCUGCGGCAGCAGCACCUUUAGGUGCCAUGAUGGGAAGCCAUGAACAGCAGGGUAGAAGUGAUUGGUAUGAACUUAAGAAAAAAGAAUUUGAUAGACGUGAUUUAGGACAAGAACUCAGUAAAGCCAAGCGUGAUCGUGAAGAGAGGCAGGCACAUGAUAUUGUUAAUCAGAUCAAGGAAAACAGAGCCAAGGAACGAGCCCACAGAGAAGCCAUUCGGCCACAGAUUGCAAGGGACAGAGCUGAGCGAGAGGCCAGGAGGCAAAACGAGAUGCAAGAGAGGCAGUGUGCUCAGGCUGCGGCAGCAGCACCUUUAGGUGCCAUGAUGGGAAGCCAUGAACAGCAGGGUAGAAGUGAUUGCACCCCUGCACGCCUCCAGUUUCAUCUUCCAGAUGGUAGUUCUGUAAUAAACACAUUUCCAGCAGAUUCAUCAUUGGAGACCAUCAGGCAGUAUAUCAUCACACAACUUGGACCCAACACCAGCUCAGUAACACUGUACACUACUUAUCCACGAUGGGAGCUUUCUGAUGAAGAUCGUGAAGAGUUGGGCCUGGCACCAAGUUUGACUCUAGUUGUUGCUUUGGUGAGUUUAGAGAUGCAGAUCCACUGAGUUAAGUUUUGCUUUGACAAAAACUUGAUCACUAACAUUGCUUUAUUUAAUUGAGAGGAAAUAUAUCAAUAAACUUACCCAUUCCUGUUCAUUGGACUCAGUUAAACGUUUUUUACACUAUUUGUGCA